AUUUGACCACGUGUUUUGUUAAGGUUUUCAAGUUGGUCAAAUGUGGUAGUCUUGAAAACAGACGGACAACAGAGGAAAACAAACUACGGUGAAUGACCUGCAGUGACAACCACGCCGAUAAUAUGUCUAAGGAUUCGUGUGACCGAAACGGCGACACUCCUCUGCAGGACGCGCAAGUGACCGUCUGGUCGCGAAUCAAACGAGUGCUGGUCGCGAUCCACGUGGAACCACUGGUGUGCUGUUACAUCGUGUCCCGGACGCUCAUACUGCUGGCCACGCAGAACCUGAGCCUGCAAAAAGCGUGCUCGGUCAACCUCCAUCUUGACAAUAACACGUGCGCCGCGUUGCUGGCCAAAUCAAAGACGAACGCCAGCGAGCCACUGCACCAGUACGAGGUGGCCACCCAGCGGCUGGUGGCCGACAUGCUCUCGUGGCAGCUGGUCGUCCAGAGCACUGUGCCGUGCGCGCUGGCCGUGUUCAUCGGGUCCUGGAGCGACAGGCGCCGAAAGCGCGUGCCGUGCAUGCUGGUACCGGUGGYCAGCGAACUGGUCCGCAUCGUCGGCCUCGUGGCCUGCGUCUUCUGGUUCAGCGAACUCCGCAUGGAAGUGGUCGGCCUCGUCGAGGCGGUGCCCACAUCACUGGCCGGCGGUCGGAUGGUUCUGUUCAACGCGAUGUUCAGCUAUGUCGCCGAUGUCACCGGUGAGGAAAUGAAAACUCUACGAAUCGGUAUAGUCAACUUACUAUCCACAGUAGGCAUGGCCAUCGGUACAGCGUUGUCUGGUAUUACAUUUCAGAAGCUGGGGUUCUAUGGUGUGUACGGUGUAUCUUCGGCCUUAUGUAUAAUAGGUCUUCUUUAUGGUCUAGUAUUUAUAAAAGAAGUGUCACCGAACGAACCAGAAAAUUCAAUAACACAGACACGAAAUAAUGGUUUGUUUAAUGGUUUUUUUAACGCAAAACACAUUCAAGAAGCGUUUAAAGUCACGUUCAARGACGGGCCACAUAAUCGAAAACUCAGGAUAAUCAUGUUACUGUGUAUUGCGUUUUUAAUUAUGGGACCUUUAAAUGGUGAUCUUUCAGUAUCGUAUUUGAAUACACGUGCCCGAUUCAAAUGGAAUGAAGUGGAUUUCAGUGUAUUUUCUACUUUCUCCAUGGUCACUAGUGUAGCAGGUACAGCAAUUUGCAUUGGCUUAUUUAGCCAUGUGCUUAAAAUUGACGAUAGUUUGAUUGGAGUGAUGGCGUGUGCAGGAAAAAUUGUUGCCGGAAUAUGUUAUGCUUUAGCGACAGAAGAAUGGGUAUACUAUUUGGGGCCAUUAGUAGACAUAAUGGGAGGCACAAUUUUCAUAACAGCGAGAUCAAUUAUGGCAAAAAUAGUUAGACCCGAUGAAUUAGGACAAGUUACGGCUAUUUACGGCAUCGUCGAAUCUCUUGUUCCUAUUGUGUUCGGUCCACUAUACACUGUGAUCUACAAAAAUACAGUGGACACGUUACCCGGAGCGUACAGUUUAAUAGGAUCAACUUUAGCCAUACCGGCGACUAUAAUAUACUUAUGGAUGUACAAAGAAAGCAAACAAUCUCAAAAAAUCGAUGAUAAAUCUGUAAAACUUGAGAAUAMCAAACUUUGAAGCUUGAAGUAAUGGUUUGCAUCUGAUGGCAUCUGUCAAUGGGAUUAUUCGCAGAAAGUUAAACAUGAUAGAGAUUGGAGAUCAUCAACGUGGAAGCAUCGAAGAAAAAUAUAUUUUACUUAUUUUUAUUAAAAAUAAGAUACUAAAAAGUUGUAUAGUUAUUAAGGGAAAUAAUAAUGUUUCGUAGGUACUUGAAAGCCAAUUUACGUCGUUCAAUUCAGUCAAUAUGAAUACUGUAUUUACAUUUUAUUAAUAUUAUUUAUUUAAAGGCUUUUAAAGAACUAACAGAUAUUACUUAUAGACAAAGUGGUAUUUUAACUAUUUAUAUCAUGUCUACACCUCCCCCCCCCCCAAAAAAAAAAACCAAAAAAA